AUGCAGUGCACAAUGCUCUGCCAUCGCGCUCUUGUCUUUCUCUUUGCUGUCAACGUGCCAAUCGUGACGGGGCUCGAGCCAGACUUCGUUUACCCGUUGGAGAACGUAACGAUCCCGCAGGGUCGAGACGCUACCUUCACCUGCGUGGUGAACAACCUCGGUGGAUACCGGGUGAGUCCUUCCUCCUCCGCGAGCGGAGAUCACUCUGGCGGCGCCAAGGCCCGGGUGGCGUGGAUCAAAGCGGACACCAAGGCGAUCCUGGCGAUUCACGAGCACGUGAUCACGAACAACGCCCGUUUGUCAGUGACGCACAGCGACUACAACACGUGGACGCUGAGCAUCCGCGGUGCACGCCGUGAAGAUCGAGGAAUUUAUAUGUGUCAGGUCAACACGGAUCCAAUGAAGAGCCAGAGCGCGUUUCUGGAGGUGGUGAUACCGCCGGACAUAAUAUCCGAAGAGACGUCGAACGAUCUAAUGGUACCCGAGGGCGGAUCCGCGAAGUUGAUCUGCAAGGCUCGCGGUUAUCCAGAACCUGAGAUCGCUUGGAAACGGGAAGAUGGCGCUGACAUCAUUUCCCGGGCUGGUCAUUCCGGCGGAAAAACGAAAAUAAACUCGGCCGAGGGGGAAACGCUGACUCUAUCGAAAGUAACCAGGAGCGAGAUGGGCGUCUACCUAUGCAUCGCAAGUAACGGAGUACCACCAUCAGUCAGCAAACGGAUGAUGCUGCACGUGCACUUUCACCCGAUGGUUCAAGUACCGAACCAGCUAGUCGGUGCACCAACUGCAACCAACGUUACGCUGGCUUGCCUCGUGGAGGCUUCCCCGAAGGCUAUUAAUUAUUGGACACGGGAAUCAGGCGAGAUGAUAAUUAGCAACAACAAGUACUCGAUGUCUGAGGUGAAAACGUCACUGUACAGCGUUCAGAUGCGAUUAGUGAUUAUGAAUCUGCAGAAGCAAGAUCUCGGUGGUUACAAGUGCAUCUCGAAGAACUCGAUUGGCGAAGCUGAGGGCAACAUUCGACUUUACAACAUGGACCUACCGAAGCACUCGAAAAAGGUUGGCGAUCGACGAGGGGAGGAUGGUGGGAGCGAGUCGAUCGGUGAUCGAGAUCACAGACUGAACCACGUGUACCAGGGGUCUCUACGGGAAACAGGUUCGACCUUGGAGCCGUACUUCGACGGCGACGACGUAACCGCGUCCUCCAACGAAAUUCUACCACCCGCCGUUUGUAUUCUUCUGAUAGCGUCUUGCCACCUAUUCGCUUUCACGUAA